AGUCACGGCUAUGCCUUAGUAUAGCUAACAGGCGUCUGGCCCCUUGGCACCGCAUCGCUCUGUCUAGGAACGCAGCAUCGCAGCUGGUAUAUCUGAGCUGUAUCGCUAAGUACCUGUUUGCAUGGAUAUUCAUUUCGGUGUGACGAAUUGUAGCCCUUCCUUCCUAGAUGACCUUUGCCACGAAAUAAACGGAGGAAAGAUGAUUUGCGGUAUAGCUUGUGCCUGUUUUUAUUUGCCAAAAUAAACUAAAAGGAAAGGACCGAUGUGAUUGUGGCCGCCUCCCUCCUUUUCUCCCAUUUCAACCGAUUAUCACUUAUCUUGUUAAGUUAUCAGUAUGAUAGAGCGUAGCAGCAUGCAGUGUGGGUCACUAUAAAUGGUAUGCGGUGCGUAAUUACGAAAUCUGCGCGUUCGGACUGGAGACAGGCAGCAUGGCAACGUGUUGGAUGGGGGAACAGCCGUGGAAGAGAAGGCGUUGAGUGACGCAGCGUCACGACGGGAAUGUUGGGCGAAGACUUUCCAUUACCCGUCUAACAUUUAUUUUGUCCCCUCCUCAAACCUGCCGAACUGCAUUGGGUCUAGCUCCCUCCCAUCCAGCCACCGUUGUCCAAACUUGGGGAUUCGCUCGUCGAGGUGCGAUGUUCUACACAAACUUCAUGGUUUGUUUCCUGGAGUAAGCUUUCGGGUUUUGUUCGCCUUUCUUUAUUCGGUAAGCGCAAGUCGCGUAAAAAGAUUGGAAACUGUGCAGACAGGUAUUUGUCUUUGCCCAGUUACACGUACAAUUUAAAAUACAAAAUAAUAAAUAUGUGCACUUGUAUCAUCAUGCACAUCAUGGGAUCAUCAUGAAUGUAUAUAAAUCUUGUCCAGGUCUGAUGCAGUAUAAAGUCGUCUUCCCAGCAGUUUUUUUUUUCUUAAUUUCACAGAUCGUGUUGGCGGCUCUUUGUCCUUUUGCGUGUUUAGCUGCGUGACUCACAGAAGUCGUUGGAUGGCGUAAUUCAGCAGCCGUGGCAACGGCCUCUAGCUCCUGACAGCCAAUGGCGACAGGGGGAUGCCCGCGCGGCAGGAGCGGGCGAAAGUUUAACGGCAGUUCAUUAAAGUCUCAUGAUUGCGUACCUCAUCUGUCGCACCUGAUUACCUGACGGCAGCCACGUCAGAUGUGUGUGUGAGAGAGAAGGAGGGAGGGAGAAGUCAAGAGAACUCAUAUAUACAAGCAAGUUAAAUUGUUACAUAAAAUGUACUUGCAGGUGUCACUUUGAUGUCACGGUGGAAGCUCUAAAGCAGCGCGACAGGUGUGUGUGUGUUGAUGUGUUAGGAACAGGAGGUCAUGGCUCGGGGUUUUAGGAUGAAACGCGCUUCAAGUCGAUAGAUACACCAAGUGGAAACGAACUUUACUGCCUAUUUCCGUUACGUACACACUGCUUGUGGACGAUGCACAUGCGUUCAUCGAUGAUCACGCUACCCGUGCAGUGCUUGGUUUGCACUGUGUGUGUGAGAGAGAGAGAGAAUGGUUGAGUUUAAUGAUUAAUUUACAGCUAUCGGGGGGAGGGGCGCUGCUACGGCCAUGCCAGUCUAGCGGUCUAAUAACAUAGUAGUUUGUGGAGUAACAUGGUCGAAGCUUGCAGUGAUCACACUCGUCUUUUGGGCCGACUGGGUUCUGAUAAAUGAUGUUCCACCUCAUGAACAUUUGUCUUGAAGACAGAUGCACAUACGCGCCGGUCAGAGUGAAAAUAGUCGCCCUUAGUUGGUUUUGGCUGAUUUUAGAAAAUGUUUGCACCUUGAGGUGAUUUCGCACUAGAGUGGGAAGGAGGGGCGGGGAAGAAUCUGGAGAAAAUCCUCGACGCCCAGUGCUGCGAACUGGUGUCACAUACAGUGUCCCGAGACGAGAUCUGAACCUAGGGUCUUUUACUGCGUUAGUGAGAAACGAACAGGCCCCCAAAUAGUUACAUUGUAUGUCGUCAUCUGUAGGUAGGAAUGCCCGAUCACCAUGUGCACUUGGCUUCAGCGUCCACAGAGGCCCUUUCUCCCACAGCCUCCGGACAUGGGCAAUAAAAGUACGAAGGGAGUGCUUGCGCGCGCGGUUUGGCGACAUUUUAGUUCAGCGUCCAGGGUUGACACAGAGUCGAAAAGUGAGGGGGAAAGGGCAUUCGGGAAGGUGAUGGGCACGCGCUUUUCUCACAGAAAUCCACGAUAAUGCUUUUUACAGCACGUUCACGUGGGAUGCCGUUGUAUCUUUUUUCAGGGCUGGUCCACUCAUGGUAUGUUUCAGUUCUGUGGACUUAACACUCCCAGAUGAUGCUCUUGCAUUAGCAGUCUCUGGAUAAGUAUUCAUAGAAGACUGUUGAGUGCAGUCGCUCAGUGGUGGGAGUAUAUGGUAUGUGAAUCGAGUGUGAACAAACAGAGUUGAACACCUUGCGUGUCACGCCCACCCGGACCUGCGAACGGAUUACUGCGAGAACCCGAGAUGUGCAUAGCUCGGAUUUCACAGCUGCCGAUCCUGUUUCUGGUUAUGCUUGUGAAAGGAAGUGCAGGUGUUGAUGGCCCACUUUAUCUGCACAACUGUGGUGCUGUUUCCUAGGCAUUGCAUACAGUGAUAAUAUCGUCCUACCCACGUCAUCCAUCGCAACUUAGAACUGCGGUCACAGACAAAGAUUCAGAAACUCCAGGAGUUUUUUUUUUUUUUCUCCUGUAAGAGGAGUUCGAGGAGCAUCUCCAAAUAAUUAUCGAGGCUCUUCCGGAUAAAAUAAUCGGAGAAGCAAGGUGCCAGGCGACAACAUUGACAAACUCGUCUAUGACAGCGUUGACAGGAUGGGCAGAAGGGUGACCUCGGGUCAGGGGUCAUGAGCCACGCUCCGGCAAAGUGUCGGCGUUGCCAGCGGACUCGCAGCGGCGGUCGCAUGCGGCGCUUGACAGACAUAGUGCCGCACUCCUUCCAGGCGGCAAUACACCUGGCCACACUGCCGUUUCCUAUGGAACGCUUCGCACAGGGUUAUGAAGGGUUUGAAGAUCUUAGAAAAUUUAUCAAGCAUGGCAGUGAGUUCAGUAAAGACGUGGGAGCUAUUCUUCAUGAGAGGGCAGAGUUGGAGAGUACAUAUGCCAAAGGCUUAAACAAACUAGCAGCAAAGCUUUUAAAGGCUGUUACUGUCAGCACAGGGUCCUUAGCAGAUGGCUGGAAAGCUGUAGGUGUUGCUAUGGAGCAGGAAGCUGAGCUCCAUAAGUAA